AUGGGGAAAGAAGUGACACCUAGCGACUCUGAGAGUUGCUCCACAAUCCAUCGUAAGUUCCAGAUUCUGGAUUAUGGACUAUUGCAGCAGUCUAAGCAGAAAAUCAAGCCACCCACUCUACUUCCAGUCCUACAAACCAGCCACCGGAAGAAAAGCAAAAUGAAGACUUGGAUUAGCAUCCAGCCAGGAUGUUCCAAGCCCUCUAUGUUGAUGACAGGCCAGCCGAGGAACGCACAGGAACCUCACAAAGGGAAGUUGGAUUCUGGAAAGGCCAUAUCCCGGCUACUGAAGAUGAUGCUCAGGAACUGGCAGACCUCACUCCAGGAGCUCCAAAACCAGGGGGACUUCCUCACCAAGCUCAAUCAGGAACUGAUCAAGACCGUCCAGGACACGGAGGAGAGCUCAGCCCUGGAAAUGCGCGAGAUGCUGCAGCAGCAGAACGUCUUCAGGACCAUCGUCCAUAUCUUGGGGUCCUCAAACAAGAAGAAGCUGCAGCAGAUGAAGUGUGAGCUGCAGGAGUGGAAGGAGAAGGAGGAAUCCAAGAUGAGCGGCCUGAAGCAGCAGGUGGAGCAGCUGAACACCAGGAUCAAGAAGACACAGGAGGAAGUGAACUUCCUGAGCACUUACAUGGACCACGAGUAUCCUGUCAAGUCGGUCCAUAUUGACAACCUUGUGCGUCAGCUGCAGCAGGUGAAGGACAAUCAGCAGGAUGAGUUGGAUGACUUUAAUGAGAUGCGCCAAAUGGUCCUGGAGUCUUUGUCUAAUGAGAUUCAGAUGAAGAGGAAAAAGCUUCUGAGCUCUCUGGUGGUGAAAACCCAGCAACCGCAUGAGGAGGUUCUUCUGCAGAAGACGUGUGAGAACCAUAACAUGGCGAAAUAUGUGGACAAGUUCCGAGAAUUUGUCAACCAGUUCGAGCAGGAAAUACACAAAUUAAGGGCUGAGGUGAAGCAGCUCCAAGUCCAGAUCCGGGAGCCCCGAGAGAUCGUGUUUGCGGACGUUCUGCUUCGGAGACCCAAGUGCACCCCGGACAUGGAUGUUACCCUCAACAUCCCUGUGGAAGAGCUGCUACCCUUCUAGAUGGCAGGGCCAUGGCCGCCUUUCCUUCCCUGCUGUCUUUCCUACCCCUGGAGCCUUGGAUCAUCUCCUUCCAAGACCAC